CCCAACUCCGCCCCCCCCCCCAGGGUCCAGGGCUGCCAAGGCAGUGCUUACCCUGCCUGAGACGCUUCCCUUACUGGGGUUGGGACUGUGCAGGUUCAGAGGUGUAGCAGCCAGCACAAGCCACCAGGCUCUCCAGCCUCCUGAACCAUGGCAGCACAGUGCACCCCGUCUAUUCUGACCGUCCUGGUGUUGCUCGGCACAGCCAGAGGGGGCCCUUUCUCUCCUCGGUCCAAUGUGACGCUCCCGGUGCCACGGCCCCCGCCCCAGCCAGGAGGUCCUUCUUCUCAGCUAUACGAGCACACCGUGGAAGGAGGAGAGAAGCAGGUGGUCUUCACCCACCGCAUUAACCUGCCCCCUUCAGCUGGUUGCGGCUGUCCACCCGGCUCUGAACCCCCGGUGCCUGCUUCAGAGGUGCAGGCCCUGAGGGUCCGGCUGGAGAUCCUGGAGGAGCUGGUAAAAGGGCUUAAGGAACACUGCUCAGGAGGGUGCUGUCCCACAGCGGCCCAGGCUGGCACAGGCCAGACGGAUGUGCGCAGCCUCUGCAGCCUCCAUGGUGUCUUUGACCUGAGCCGCUGCGCUUGUUCCUGUGAGCCUGGCUGGGGUGGACCCACCUGCUCAGACCCUACGGACACAAAGACACCCACCUCGGCCCCGCCCUCAGCCUCCAAGGCCUGUCCGGAAGACUGCAACGACCAGGGCCGCUGUGUCAGAGGACGCUGCGUGUGUUUCCCCGGCUACAGUGGCCCCAGUUGUGGCUGGCCCUCUUGCCCUGGAGAUUGCCAGGGGCGCGGGCGCUGCGUGCAGGGUGUGUGCGUGUGUCGCGCGGGCUUCUCGGGCCCUGACUGCAGCCAGCGCUCCUGCCCUCGUAACUGCAACCAGAGAGGACGCUGCGAGGAAGGCCGCUGCGUGUGUGACCCCGGCUACUCUGGUGAGGACUGUGGGGUGCGGAGCUGUCCCCGGGGCUGCAGUCAGAGAGGCCGCUGCGAGAACGGCCGCUGCGUGUGCAACCCUGGCUACUCCGGUGAGGACUGUGGGGUGCGGAGCUGUCCCCGGGGCUGCAGUCAGAGGGGCCGCUGCGAGGAUGGCCGCUGUGUGUGCGAUCCCGGCUAUAGCGGCGAAGACUGCAGCGUGAGGAGCUGCCCAUGGGACUGUGGCGACGGAGGGCGCUGCGUGGAUGGCCGCUGCGUGUGCUGGCCCGGGUACUCGGGCGAAGAUUGUAGCACGCGGACCUGCCCGCGUGACUGUCGUGGCCGAGGCCGCUGCGAGGACGGGGAAUGUAUCUGUGACCCAGGCUACAGUGGCGACGACUGUGGCGUGCGCAGCUGCCCUGGGGACUGUAACCAAAGGGGCCACUGUGAGGACGGCGCUGCGUGUGCUGGCCCGGCAUACCGGGCGGACUGCAGCACGCGCCUGCCCACGGGACUGCAGGGCCGCAGGCGCUGCGAGAAUGGCGUGCGUGUGCCACGCGGGCUAGCGGCGAGGACUGCGGGUGCGCAGCUGUCCGGGGAUUGUCGCGGCCGUGGGAGCUGCGAGAGCGGCCGCUGCGUGUGCUGGCCCGGGUACACAGGCCGAGAUUGUGGCAUGCGUGCCUGUCCUGGUGAUUGUCGUGGGCGCGGGCGCUGCGUGGACGGCCGCUGCGUGUGCAAUCCGGGCUUUACUGGCGAAGACUGUGGGAGCCGUCGGUGCCCUGGGGACUGUCGAGGACAUGGACACUGCGAGGACGGCGUGUGCGUGUGCGCCGUGGGCUACUCGGGCGACGACUGCAGCAUGCGCAGCUGUCCCAGCGGCUGCAGAGGCCGCGGCCGGUGCCUGGACGGGCUCUGUGUGUGCGACGAAGGCUACUCGGGUGAGGACUGUAGCGUAAGACUGUGUCCACGCGACUGCAGCCAGCAUGGCGUGUGCCAGGAUGGCUUGUGCGUGUGCCACGCGGGCUAUGCGGGCGAAGACUGCAGCAUUCGCACCUGCCCGGCCGACUGUCACCGGCGUGGCCGCUGUGAGGACGGGCGCUGUGUGUGCAACCCAGGCUACACCGGGCCGGCAUGUGCCACCCGCACCUGCCCAGCUGAUUGUCGUGGCCGUGGGCGCUGCGUGCAGGGAGUGUGCGUGUGCUACGCUGGUUACAGCGGUGAGGACUGUGGACAGGAAGAGCCUCCUGCCAGUGCCUGCCCCGGGGGCUGUGGGCCGCGGGAACUGUGCCGCGCUGGACAAUGUGUGUGUGUUGAGGGCUUUCGAGGCCCAGACUGUGCCAUCCAGACGUGUCCGGGUGACUGCCGGGGCAGGGGAGAAUGUGUCCAGGGCACAUGCGUCUGCCAAGAUGGCUAUGCUGGGGACGACUGCGGAGAAGAGAUACCAGCCAUCCAGAACAUGAGGAUGCAUCUCCUAGAGGAGACAACAGUCCGGACGGAGUGGACACGGGUUCCGGGUCCUGUGGAUGCCUAUGAGAUCCAGUUUAUCCCCACGACUGAGGGGGCGAGCCCACCAUUCACAGCUCGGGUGCCCAGCUCUGCCUCAGCCUAUGACCAGCGAGGACUGGCGCCUGGUCAGGACUACCAGGUCACUGUCCGUGCUCUACGAGGGACCAGCUGGGGUCCUCCUACCUCUAAGACCAUCACUACCAUGAUCGAUGGUCCUCAGGACCUCCAAGUGGUAGCUGUGACCCCGACCACACUGGAUCUCAGCUGGCUGCGCCCCCAGGCUGAGGUGGACCGAUUUGUGGUGUCCUAUGUCAGUGCUGGCAACCAAAGGGUGCGACUGGAAGUGCCUCCUGAAGCAGACAGAACUCAACUAACUGACCUGAUGCCAGGUGUGGAGUACGUGGUGACUGUCACUGCAGAAAGAGGCCAUGCUGUCAGCUACCCAGCUUCUGUCAGGGCAAAUACAGGGUCCUUACCCUCUGGCCUCUUGGAGGCUACUGAUGAGCCUCCUCCCUCGGGCCCCUCUACGACCCAAGGGGCUCAGGCCCCUAUCCUGAUCCUGGAGCACCACCCGCUGGGAGAGUUGAAGGUGCUGGGCAGAGACAAGGCAGGGCGCCUCCGUGUGGCCUGGACUGCCCAGCCUGACAGCUUUGCCCACUUCCAGCUGCGCAUGCAGGUGGCCGAGGGGCCCUGGGCUCACGAAGAACUGCUACCGGGAGACGUCCACCAGGCUCUGGUGCCCCCACCCCCUCCCGGAUCCCCCUACAAGCUAUUCCUCCAAGGGAUCACCCCUGGGGGCGAGCCCUCUGUUCCUAUCACCUACCAAGGCAUUAUGGACAGGGCUGAGGUGCAGCCUGGGAAGUCAUCGGUCCUGCCACGCCUGGGUGAGCUGACAGUGACAGGCCUGACCUCUGACUCCCUGCUCCUGCACUGGACCGUCCCAGAGGGGGAGUUUGACUCCUUCCUGAUCCAGUACAAGGACAAAGACGGGCCCCGGGCAAUACCCGUAGAGGGACCCCAGCGUUCGGCACCUGUCACAGCCUUGGAACCAGGACGCAAGUACAAAUUUAUCCUGUAUGGACUCGUCGGCAAGAAGAGGCAUGGUCCCCUGAUGGCUGAAGCCAAGAUCUUGCUUCAGAGUGACCCUGACUCAGGGUCCCCACCCCGUCUGGGAGAGCUAUGGGUGACAGACCCCACCCCACACUCACUGCACCUCUCCUGGACUGUUCUCGGAGGCCAGUUUGACUCCUUCACGGUCCAGUACAGAGACAAGGAAGGCCAGCCCCAUGUGGUGCCUGUGGAGGGGCCUGAGCGCUCAGUGGUGAUCUCCCCACUGGACCCCAAUCACAAGUAUAGGUUCACUCUGUUUGGGGUUGCCAAUAAGAAGCGGUAUGGGCCCCUUACUGCUGAUGGCACUACUGCCUCAGAGCCGAAAGAGGAGUCCUCGGAGCCGCCCCGCCUCGGCGAACUGACUGUAACUGGUGUGACCCCAGACUCCCUGCGCCUGUCCUGGACAGUGGCCCGGGGUCCCUUCGACUCCUUUGUGAUCCUUUACAAGGAUGCACAGGGCCAGCCCCAGAGCGUGCCCAUCGAGGGGGAUGAGAAUGAGGUCACUGUCCCCGGCCUGGAGUCCAACAGGAAGUAUAAGAUGAACCUCUAUGGGCUUCGUGGCAGGCAGCGUGUGGGGCCGGUGUCUGUAGUGGCCAAAACGGCCCCACCAGAGAUUGUAGACCAGACCUCCAGCCCCACAGAGCCCAGCACACAGGCCCCAGAGCCCCCCAAGAAGCCACUGCUAGGAGAGCUGACCGUGACGGACACCACGCCCAACUCCCUGAGCCUCUCCUGGACAGUCCCCGAGGGACAGUUUGACCAGUUCGUGAUCCAGUACAAGAACGGGGACGGGCAGCCCAAGGUGGUGCGGGUGCCAGGGUACGAGGACCAGGUCACCAUCUCUGGCCUGGAGCCAGACCACAAGUACAAGAUGAACCUGUAUGGCAUCCACAGCGGUCAGCGUGUGGGCCCCGUGUCUGUCACAGGCGUGACGGACCCACAACCAGAAGAAAAGACCCCCCGUGAGCCCCACCUGGAGGAGUUGACAGUGACUGGUGUAACCCCCAAUUCCGUGAGCCUCUCAUGGGUGGUUCCUGAGGGAGAGUUUGAUUCCUUCGUGGUCCAGUACCAGGACGGGAAUGGGCAGCCCCAGGAGGUACCUGUGACAGCGGAGCGGCGUGAGGUCACCAUCCUUGACCUGGACCCUGAAAGAGUGUACAAGAUGAACUUGUAUGGGCUACAUGGUAGACGUGUGGGCCCUCUCUCUGUGUCAGCAGUGACGGACCCCCUCCCAGAAGCACCAGCCCCAGUCACUGAAGCCUCCAAGUUGGUCCCAGAGCCACGCCUGGGGGAACUGGCGGUGACAGAUGUAACCCCGGACUCUGUGGGCCUCUUGUGGACUGUCCCUGAGGGUGAAUUCGACUCCUUCAUGGUCCAGUACAAGGACAGGGAUGGCCAGCCCCAUGUGGAGUCUGUGGCAGCAGACCUACGCGAGGUCACCGUCCCAGGCCUGGAGCCCUCCCGCAAGUACAAGUUCCUGCUCUUUGGGGUCCGAGAUGGGAAGCGACACAGCCAGGUCUCUGUAGAGGCAAAGACAGCUGCCCGAGAGGACACCAGCCCAGAGGCCCCUCCCCGCCUUGGGGAGCUGUGGGUGACGGAGCCUACCACAGACUCCCUGCGCCUGUCCUGGACAGUCCCUGAGGGCCAUUUUGACUCUUUCGUGGUCCAGUUCAAGGACAAAAGUGGGCCCCGGGUGGUGCCAGUAAACGGCCAAGAGCUCACAACCACCAUCACAGCCCUGGAUGCUGGCCGCAAAUACAGAUUCCUCCUCUAUGGGCUUCUGGGAAAGAAACGCUUUGGCCCCCUCACCGCGGAGGGUAACACAGAGUCGAUGAAUGCUGUGGACCACACUAGAGAAAAGCACCCCACAAAACCUCGACUGGGAGAGGAGCUACGGGUGACUAGUGUGACCCAAAACUCCGUGGACCUCUCCUGGACAGUCUCCGAGGGCCAGUUUGACUCCUUUGUGGUCCAGUACAAGGACAGGGAUGGGCAGUCCCAAGUGGUGCCUGUGGACGGCAGCCAUAGAGAGGUUAGAGUCUCUGGUCUAGACCCAGGACGCAGGUACAAGCUGCUACUCUAUGGCCUUCGAGACGGCAAGCGCGUGGGUCCCCUUUCCGUCAUUGCCGUGACUGAGAAACAACAGAAGCCUGGACAGAGGUCCCCUGCAACUUCAACCCCUGCCGCUGUGCCCCGCCUCGGGGAGCUGAGAGUGGAGGAAGCCACACCUCACAGCCUGCACCUCUCCUGGGUGGUGUCUGAGGGAGAAUUGAACUCCUUCGAGGUCCAGUACACUGACAGAGAUGGGCAACUCAGAGUGGUCAGUACAGAGGGUGACCAGAGUGACAUCACCCUUACUGGCCUGGACUCUGACCACAGAUACCUGAUAACCCUGUAUGGCUUCCACGACGGGCAGCGUGUAGGCCCUGCUCAAAUUGAGGCCCUGACAGAGGAUGAAGAGGAGGAGCCCACAGAGCCACCCACCACGACUCCUGAGCCCAAGCCCCACCUGGGAGAGCUGACCGUGACGGACAGCACGCCCAACUCCCUGAGCCUCUCCUGGACAGUCCCCGAGGGACAGUUUGACCAAUUCGUGAUCCAGUACAAGAACGGAGACGGGCAGCCCAAGGUGGUGCGGGUCCCAGGGUACGAAGACCAGGUCACCAUCUCUGGCCUGGAGCCAGACCACAAGUACAAGAUGAACCUGUAUGGCAUCCACAGCGGUCAGCGUGUAGGCCCCGUGUCUGUCAUAGGCGUGACGGCUGCAGAGGAAGAGCCCCCAAGCCCCACAGAGCCCAGCACAGAGGCCCCAGAGCCCACAGAGGCCCCAGAGCCCACCGAGGAGGAGGAGCCACUCCUGGGAGAGCUGACAGUGACAGGAUCCUCCCCAGACUCCCUGAGCCUCUCCUGGACCGUCCCCCAGGGACACUUUGACUCCUUCACUGUCCAGUACAAGGACAGCAAUGGGCGGCCCCAGGUGGUGCGUGUCGGGGGCCAGGAGAGGGAGGCCAUCGUGACAGACCUGGAUCCUGGGCGCAAGUACAAGAUGAACCUGUAUGGAUUCCAUGAGGGGCGUCGUGUGGGCCCCGUGUCCACCGUGGGCGUGACCGGUGAGUGUAUGCGUGUGCCUUCUCAGGCAGCUAGAGCCCUCAAUAUUUCCUACAGCAGAGACUCAGGACUCCAAAACUCCUCAGACACUAACUCAUCCCCUGACCUCCAAUGUCUAAGUAGUCAGAUGGGAUCUGGGGCCAACCCCGAAGAGGAGCCUACUGAUGCCCCUUCCCUGAAACCCCGCCUGGGAGAGCUGACCGUGACAGAUGCCACCCCUGACUCCCUGAGCCUCUCCUGGACAGUCCCCGAGGGACAGUUUGACCAGUUCGUGAUCCAGUACAAGAACGGGGAUGGGCAGCCCAAGGUGGUGCGGGUGCCAGGGUACGAGGACCAGGUCACCAUCUCUGGCCUGGAACCAGACCACAAGUACAAGAUGAACCUGUAUGGCAUCCACAGUGGCCAGCGUGUGGGCCCCGUGUCUGUCACAGGCGUGACGGCUGCAGAGGAAGAGCCUCCCAGUCCAGAGCCCAGCACAGAGGCCCCAGAGCCCACAGAGGCCCCAGAGCCCACCGAGGAGGAGCCGCUCCUGGGAGAGCUGACAGUGACAGGAUCCUCCCCAGACUCUCUGAGCCUCUCCUGGACCGUCCCCCAGGGACACUUUGACUCCUUCACUGUCCAGUACAAGGACAGCAAUGGGCGGCCCCAGGUGGUGCAUGUCGGGGGCCAGGAGAGAGAGGCCAUCGUGAGAGACCUGGAUCCUGGGCGCAAGUACAAGAUGAACCUGUAUGGAUUCCAUGAGGGGCGUCGUGUGGGCCCCGUGUCCACUGUGGGCGUGACCGAUUCAGAGGAGGAAGCUCCGACCACACAGGCGGUGCCCACCACGACUCCUGAGCCCCCUCCUAAGAAGCCCCUCCUGGGAGAGCUGACCGUGACAGAUGCCACCCCUGACUCCCUGAGCCUCUCCUGGACAGUCCCCGAGGGACAGUUUGACCAGUUCGUGAUCCAGUACAAGAACGGGGACGGGCAGCCCAAGGUGGUGCGGGUGCCAGGGUACGAGGACCAGGUCACCAUCUCCGGCCUGGAGCCAGACCACAAGUACAAGAUGAACCUGUAUGGCAUCCACAGCGGUCAGCGUGUGGGCCCCGUGUCUGUCACAGGCGUGACGGCUGCAGAGGAAGAGCCCCCCAGCCCCACAGAGCCCAGCACAGAGGCCCCAGAGCCCACAGAGGCCCCAGAGCCCACCGAGGAGGAGCCGCUCCUGGGAGAGCUGACAGUGACAGGAACCUCCCCAGACUCCCUGAGCCUCUCCUGGACCGUCCCCCAGGGAGACUUUGACUCCUUCACUGUCCAGUACAAGGACAGCAGUGGGCGUCCCCAGGUGGUGCGUGUCGGGGGCCAGGAGAGGGAGGCCAUUGUGAGAGACCUGGAUCCUGGGCGCAAGUACAAGAUGAACCUGUAUGGAUUCCAUGAGGGGAGUCGUGUGGGCCCCGUGUCCACCGUGGGCGUGACUGAGGAGGAAGCUAUGACCACACAGGCAGUGCCCACUGUGACCACCGAGCCCCCUCCAGAGAAGCCCCGCCUGGGAGAGCUGACCGUGACAGAUGCCACCCCUGACUCCCUGAGCCUCUCCUGGACAGUCCCCGAGGGACAGUUUGACCAGUUCGUGAUCCAGUACAAGAACGGGGACGGGCAGCCCAAGGUGGUGCGGGUGCCAGGGCAGGACCAGGUCACCAUCUGCCUGGAGCCAGACCACAAGUACAAGAUGAACCUGUAUGGCAUCCACAGCGGUCAGCGUGUGGGCCCCGUGUCUGUCACAGGCGUGACGGCUGCAGAGGAAGAGCCCCCCAGCCCCACAGAGCCCAGCAGAGAGGCCCCAGAGCCCACAGAGACCCCAGAGCCCACCGAGGAGGAGGAGGAGGAGCCGCUCCUGGGAGAGCUGACAGUGACAGGAUCCUCCCCAGACUCCCUGAGCCUCUCCUGGACCGUCCCCCAGAGACACUUUGACUCCUUCACUGUCCAGUACAAGGACAGCAAUGGGCGGCCCCAGGUGGUGCGUGUCGGGGGCCAGGAGAGGGAGGCCAUCGUGACAGACCUGGAUCCUGGGCGCAAGUACAAGAUGAACCUGUAUGGAUUCCAUGAGGGGCGUCGUGUGGGCCCCGUGUCCACCGUGGGCGUGACUGCUCCAGAGGAGGAAGCUCCAACCACACAGGCGGUGCCCACCACAACUCCUGAGCCCCCUCCUAAGAAGCCCCUCCUGGGAGAGCUGACCGUGACAGAUGCCACCCCUGACUCCCUGAGCCUCUCCUGGACAGUCCCCGAGGGACAGUUUGACCAGUUCGUGAUCCAGUACAAGAACGGGGAUGGGCAGCCCAAGGUGGUGCGGGUGCCAGGGUACGAGGACCAGGUCACCAUCUCCGGCCUGGAGCCAGACCACAAGUACAAGAUGAACCUGUAUGGCAUCCACAGCGGUCAGCGUGUGGGCCCCGUGUCUAUCACAGGCGUGACGGGUGAGUGGACUCUGGGAGCCCAGGGUGGGACCCCUCAGUUAGUGGAACCUGCUGUUCUUUGGUGACUAGGGGGUAAGGAAUCAGUAGCCAAGGACUAUUCAAUACCACAAGCCUGCUGUGACUAACGCUGUGAUAGCUUGUGUGUGCUCCCCUGGUGCUGGCCAGUCUCCCUGGGCAGCAGGGCCAUACAGACCCUUGCUGGUCACUGUCCAGGUGCCCUCAGCAGGGACAUAGGAGCUUGGGAAUGCCAGGGACCCUGCCUCACCCUCUCUGUCUCCUUCUCAGCUGCAGAGGAAGAGGCCCCCAGCCCCACAGAGCCCAGCACAGAGGCCCCAGAGCCCACAGAGACCCCAGAGCCCACCGAGGAGGAGCCGCUCCUGGGAGAGCUGACAGUGACAGGAUCCUCCCCAGACUCCCUGAGCCUCUCCUGGACUGUCCCCCAGGGACACUUUGACUCCUUCACUGUCCAGUACAAGGACAGCAAUGGGCGGCCCCAGGUGGUGCGUGUCGGGGGCCAGGAGAGGGAGGCCAUCGUGACAGACCUGGAUCCUGGGCGCAAGUACAAGAUGAACCUGUAUGGAUUCCAUGAGGGGCGUCGUGUGGGUCCCGUGUCCACAGUGGGCGUGACCGCCUCUCUAACCACAGAGCCCCCCAUCCAGCCCCGCCUGGGAGAGCUGGCUGCGGUAGAAGUGACUCCCAGUGCUGUGCACCUGUCCUGGACUGUGGCCCAGGGCCCCUUCGACUCCUUCCUGGUCCAGUACAGGGACGCACAGGGACAGCCCCAGAUGGUGCCUGUGAGCGGAGACCUGAGUGAGGUCACCGUCUCAGGUCUGGAGCCAUCCCGCAAGUACAAGUUUCUCCUCUUUGGACUCCUGGGUGGGAAGCGCCAUGGCCCUGUCUCCACAGAAGCAAAGACUGCCGCCCUGGAGAAGACACCGCAGCCCCGUCUCGGUGAACUGUCAGUGACAGGGGAGACCUCUGACUCCGUGCACCUCUCGUGGACUGUGGUCCAGGGUCCCUUUGACUCCUUCCUGGUCCAGUACAAAGACAGGGAUGGGCAGCUCCAGACAGUUCCUGUGGCUGCAGACCAGCAGGAGGUCACCAUAGAGGGUCUGCAGCCAGGCAGGAAAUACAAAUUCUUGCUCUUCGGGCUCACUGGAGAAAAGCGCCUGGGACCCAUCUCUGCCUUGGGAGUGACAGCCUCAGAAGUGGACACAUCAACCCCAAACCCCACUGAGCACCCUGAGACACCCCACCUGGGGACGCUGGCAGUGACUGAGGCAACGCCAAACUCCCUGCGCCUCUCCUGGGGUGUGGCCCGCGGCCCCUUUGACUCCUUUGUGGUCCAGUACCAGGACACAGAGGGGCAACCCCAGGCCCUGCUUGUUGAUGGGAACCAGGACAAAGUCCUCAUCUCAGACCUGAAACCCAGCACUUCCUACAAAUUCUUCCUCUAUGGCCUCAGUCAAGGGACACGCCACGGACCUGUCUCUGCAGAGGGCACCACAGAUCCAGUUCCUGCUGGUCAGGGCCCAGGGGACCCCGGGCCCCGCCUGUCUCAGCUCUCAGUAUCAGACGUGACCACCAGUUCGCUGCGGCUAAACUGGGAAGCCCCGCUUGGGGCCUUUGACUCUUUCUUACUACGCUUUGGGGUUCCUUUACCAAGUACCCUGGAGCCGCAUCCUCGCCCUCUGCUCCAGCGAGAGCUUAUGGUGCCAGGGACGCGGCGCUCAGCCGUGCUUCGAGACCUGCGUCCCGGAACCCUGUACAGCCUUACUCUGUAUGGGCUGCGUGGGCCGCACAAGGCAGACAGCAUCCAGACCACUGCCCGCACGCUCAGCCCAGUUCUGGAGAGCCCUCGGGACCUGCAAUUCAGUGACAUCGGGGAAACGUCAGCCAAAGUCAGCUGGGUGCCGCCAUCAUCCAGGGUGGACAGCUUCAAAAUCUCCUACCAGCUAGCAGAUGGAGGAGAGCCACAAAGUGUGCAGGUGGAUGGCCGGACCCACACCCAGAUCCUCCAGGGGCUCAUUCCGGACACUCGCUAUGAGGUGACUGUGGUCUCAGUCCGUGGCUUUGAGGAGAGUGAGCCUCUCACAGGUUUCCUCACCACAGUUCCUGAUGGUCCCACCCAGCUACGGGCAUUAAACUUGACUGACAGAUCUGCCCUUCUGCACUGGAAACCUCCCCACAAGCCGGUGGACAAAUACAAUGUCCAGGUCGCAUCCCCUGGGGCCCCACCCUUUCAGGCCUCGGCACCUGGCAGCGCUGUGGACUACCCGCUGACGGAUCUGUCACUGGACACCAAUUACACAGCCACCGUGCGUGGUCUCCGGGGUCCUAACUUCACCUCCCCGGCCAGCAUUAACUUCACCACAGGGUUAAAGCCCCCCCAGGACUUGGAGGCCAAGGAAGUGACUCCUCGCACGGCCCUGCUCACUUGGACUGCACCUAAGGUUCCACCCACAGGCUACCUGCUCAGCUUUGACACCCCCGGAGGACAGAUUCAGGAAAUCCUGCUUCCAGCAGGGACCACCUCACACAGGCUUCUCCGCCUCUUCCCCUCCACCUUCUACAGCGCCCAGCUCCGGGCUAUUUGGGGCGAGAGCCUCACGCCUCCUGUGUCCACUUCCUUUACUACUGGUGGGCUGCGGAUCCCCUUCCCCAGGGACUGUGGGGAGGAGCUGAAAAAUGGGGCCAGCGCCUCAAAGACCACCACCAUCUUCCUCAAUGGCAACCGAGAGCGGCCCUUGGAUGUGUUUUGUGACAUGCAGACUGACGGAGGAGGUUGGCUGGUGUUCCAGCGCCGCAUGGAUGGACAGACAGACUUCUGGAGAGACUGGGAGGAGUACGCCCAUGGUUUUGGGAACAUCUCCAGGGAAUUCUGGCUGGGCAAUGAGGCCCUUCAUAGCCUCACGCAGUCUGGAGACUACUCUAUGCGUGUGGACCUGCGGGCUGGAAAGGAAGCCGUGUUCGCCCAGUAUGACUUCUUCCGAGUAGACUCAGCGAAGGAGAACUAUCGCCUACACCUAGGGGGCUACCAUGGGACCGCGGGUGACUCUAUGAGCUACCACAGCGGCAGUGUCUUUUCGGCCCGUGAUCGAGACCCCAAUAACUUGCUCAUCUCCUGCGCUGUCUCCUACCGUGGCGCUUGGUGGUACAAGAACUGUCACUACGCCAACCUCAACGGGCUCUAUGGAAGCACAGUGGAUCACCAGGGAGUGAGCUGGUACCACUGGAAGGGCUUCGAGUUCUCGGUGCCCUUCACGGAAAUGAAGCUGAGACCCAGAAACUUCCAGGCCCCCACCAGGGGCACCUGAGCCUGCUGCCCACCUCACUCACACCCUGGUAUGACUGCCGAGCACUGAGGGGUUGUGCCCAGAGAAGAGCCAGUGUGUCUCUACUGUGCCUAGCUCACCGAGGAAGCCUUCUCUGCCACAGUCUCACAGCACCAUGUUUACAGGGGGGAGGGGAGGGGAAUGGAGCAAUAAAGGAGAAACUGAGGCACAA